UGACUGAGCGGAGGCGGAUCCAUCCACAGAGCCGCUGCGUGUGAGAGGAGGAGGACCGGGGAGCCUGUCACCCACCGGAAAGAGAGAGAGAGAGAGGGGGACCGGGCUCAGGAUCAGGAUGCCAUAUGAGGCCGAGGACAGCUGGAGCUUCACUGCACACCGCUGGAUGGACAGCAGCUCCUCUCUGCACAUCUGUCCUGGAGACUGAGAACUUGUCGGUGGCCUCAACUCUGUGGACCUUCAGCUCCGUCAGAGUUUCUCCUCUCAGUCUGCAGAGAGAGAAAGAGCUCACAGGCUGAGACCUGACGGUGUAAGAACUGCAACAAGUGUGUUUAGGUUGGUGAGGCCGAACCUCUGCCCUGCUACGAUGCUGAACGACAUUAAAAUCGAAGACCGUGUGCGAAGCGACGCCAGCUGUCUGGACGGGCUGAUCGGCGCUGCCUCCCCCCUGCAGGCCGUGUGUGAGGGCUGCACUCGGAUCAUCUCGGACCGCUUCCUGCUGCGGGUCAACGACGCGUCCUGGCACGAGCACUGUCUGCAGUGCGCCGCGUGCCAGCGGCCUCUCAGCGCCACCUGCUACUGCAGAGACACCAAACUGUACUGCAAGAGCGACUACCAACAGUUGUUUGCAACUAAGUGUAGCGGCUGCCUGGAGAAAAUAGCACCAACAGACUUUGUAAUGCGAGCUCCAGAGAGUGUUUACCACGUCACUUGCUUCUGCUGCUGCAUCUGUGAGCGCCAGCUGUGCAAAGGAGACGAGUUUGUCUUAAAAGAAGGUCAGCUGCUAUGCAAAAGUGACUAUGAGAGGGAGGGGGAUCUUCUCAGCACAGUCAGUCCAGACAACUCGGACUCAGAUAAAAGUGAGGAUGAGGAUUUGGACAUGAAGUCAGAGAAAUUCCCUGCAGCAGGGAAAGGUUGUGAAGACAGCAAAGACUCUCGUAGACCAAAACGGCCUCGCACUAUCCUCACCACCCAGCAGAGGAGAGCCUUUAAGGCCUCAUUUGAGGUUUCCUCGAAACCCUGCAGAAAGGUGAGAGAGACUCUGGCUGCAGAGACUGGACUCAGUGUUCGUGUGGUACAGGUGUGGUUCCAGAACCAGAGAGCAAAGAUGAAGAAGUUAGCCCGCAGACAACAACAACAGCAGGAGCAACACAACAGCCAAAGGCUAGGCCAAGAGGUGAUAUCAGGAUGUAUGGAGGACCUGCUCAGCUCAUACUCAGGGCCUUUACAUCCAAGCCAGCAGCAGCAGCAGCAGCUGGUGACCAUGGAGCACGGCAGCUACAACGCUGACUCCUUCCAACAGGGUCUCACCCCACCACAGUUGCCUGGUGACCACAUGAACCCCUACGGUGCUGAAUCUAUCUUCCAUGACAUUGACAGUGACACCUCUCUGACAAGUCUAAGUGACUGCUUUAUGGCCACUUCAGAUGUACGGGCGGGGAACCCCAUCGACCGCCUUUACUUCAUGCAGAGCUCCUACUUUGCCUCCUGAAACCCUGUCAUCUCUGUGGGUCGCACCUCAGCCAGCAUACCUCCUCCUGGGCCGUGGACAGUGAGGACCCAAUAGUACAAACAAGACGCACAGCCAUCCAAGUCGUCCUGCAAGACAGGACUCAGUCAGCAGGAAGUCCUAGUACUGGACCGAAUAUACCCAAUCCACCUGACUCAGCUAUGUGAGCCAAAGGGAAAAGAACAGAAACUUGGCUUCUCCACAAUCCGGCUGAUGUUUGCAUUCGGAUUUUGAUGCAGCAGAUUAGCUUUUUUUGCUAUGUUCAUUUUGUUGGAAAGAUAGCGGCCAAUAUCUGUACAAAUACAGCAGAAGGGUUUAUCAGUGAUGUGAAGUGUGUGACUAGUUUAAAUAAGAGACUUGUUGAAAAUUUAAUCGAAAUCAAAGUGUCAAAGACGUUAGGCUACAUAAUUCUUUUUAGACAACACUAUAUUUACAUAAAUUUCACUGUAAGUUGGUUUUAAUUUGAAUAUUAAGUAAUAUUGUUUUGGUGAUGUGAUUUUAUUAAACUACCAAGUUUUUUUGGUGUAAAAUUCAAAUGGUCUGUGAGCUCACUGACUGAUACCUGUUGCUGAAUGUAUAUAAUGUAAUAUCUGUAAUUAGUGCUCUUGAGAUACACCAGUUGUGCAUGUUAGAAUGAACAGCAAGUUAUUUAUUUCUCACCAGCCUGUAAUACAAUAAAUCUAAGAUUUUCUAUUUAUAAAACAAUAUGAUUCCAGUGCAAAGUACAAGAAAUAAACAUCUCACUGAUUAUUUUAAUUUGCUAUUUAUCAAAGCAUUGUGUCGUUUUAAUGUCUUUGCAAAUUAGUAUAGUUGCACUAUUUAGUUUUCCGUGGAGAUCUGGCCAUUAUCCAGGAUGCAUUGUAAAGUUACUACCUUAUCAAAAGUGUUGGUACUUCAAAUAAACAAUGCAUUCUCUUGGA